UCUCUCUCGUAUAAGACUUUAUGAUUUGAUGAUGGGAGCAUGGAGUAAUGACAUGAAGGGUGGGAUGCUGGCAUGUGUAAGAGAGUGGUAUAUGAUCUAUAAUUAGUCUUCUUCCAACAACUCGAAUUACUAGGGACUAACUAACUGGUUCUUAACAGAAUUCACGAACUAGACACUAAAUUUAGAAAUGGUAAGGUGGGUUGUUUACUUAGGACUGAGCAUGGUAAUCAGUGAGAUAAGGAGGAGCUCUGCUGACGAGUGUAUGUGAAGAAAGGCUUGGAUGUCCAUGAGUUGCUCGGUAAGCUACAAGAGGUUUUGGAGUAGAAGGGAGAAGGCUCUGCAGAAUUUGCUGCUUGUAUAGAUUAGGGAGUAGAAUCUGACUGCUGUAAGAAACAAAUACUUGUCCCCUACAAUUGAACUUAAGUCCCACUCCAUCUAAGAUUUACAUGGACAGAAAGGAACAUUCUUCUGCCAUGUUAGUUUAGUUUAGUGCACAGAAGAAUACAGAUUAAGCAGGCUGACGGAAUACAGAUUAAGCAGGCUGACCUAAAGAAUUAUAUUCCCUGUCUGUCUCCAGAUAGCCUUAGCCCUUUCUUUAGCUACAUCAAUGGAGUCUAUGUAUAAUGGGAAGUUCAAGACAUAAUGAUAAGCCCAAGCUUACCGACACUUCCCUUUAAUCAAUUGCAAAACUAUUAGAAUUCAUUCAAUCAAUCAGUCCAAAAACUAUCCCUCAAAAACUAUAGAAAAGUAAUGAGAAGACUUGGCUAUGCCGGCCUCCUUUCCACUGUGGCCUGGCCAAUGUAUCUGUUUUGGCUGACAAAUGCCCGCCUUUCCCUUAUUCUGUGACUUCAACUUUUCUGCAGAGCUGAUUUUUCCAUCCCUAAUGACAAACACAACACCCUGGCAAAAAAGAAAACUGAGCGUGGCAAGGCAGCCGCUCCACUACUGUUGGCGGCCGGUGUGGCAAGUGGCCAUAAUCAUCUUCUUAUGGUUGAAUAUGGGACCCUUUUCUUCUUUUCCCCCAUUAUUCUUCAUAUACUGCCGCAGAGACUGCCAAAUGUCGCAGGUUCUUCAAGCAGCUGGGUGCUCUCUUAUAUCUCUGUUUUUGGAUCAGGCUGAGGACGUAUGGGAAAUGAGAUGGGGAACACUAACAGUACGUCUGAUGAGUUCCAAGGAGAAGAGGGUAGCACAAAGGUGGCUCAACAAGAUCAAGGGAAACCUGUUCAACCACCUGUAGUUUCGGCGAAUGAUCCCAGAUCAGAUGGAGCUCUUGAUCGUGUGAAUGGUGGAGAAGAGGGUAGCACAAAGCUGGUUCAACCAGCUCAAGGGAAGCCUGUUCAACAACCUGUAGUUUUGGGGAAUGACCCGGGAUCAGAUGGUGCUCUUGAUCUUGUGAAUGGCGGUAAAGGAGAUCGUGAAGUGGAAGAGGAGAGCCAACAAGUUCGUGAUGAUAUACCAACAGCUGAAUCUCCGGAAACCAACCCAGAAUUUGAUGAUGAUGAAACAAGAAGAAGACCAGAGAGCAAUCUUCAACCAGGUAGUUUGAUCGAGGAACCGGAACAACUUAAGUCUGAUUUAGUUGAACAGCAGGAACCACUCAAGCAAGAGGAAGCAGAGAAGUUGACAUUAACUUCCACUGCUGAAUCUCCAAACCCAGAGGCUGAUGAAACAAGAAGCAAAGACAGUGCACUUCAACUCCAUAGUUUGCCUGGGGAAUUGGAACAACAGAAGUUGGAUUUGGUUGCAGAGCAGGAAUCGUUCAAGCAAGAGGCGGCAGAGAUGCUGAUCUCCACUUCUACUGCUGAAACUCUGGAAACCAACCCGGGAUUUGAUGAGACGAGAAGCAAAAAUAACAAUCUUCAAUCAGACGAUCUGGUAGAGGAAACAGAAGAACUCAGUCCUGAUUUGGCUGAAGGGCAGGAGCCAUGCAAACAAGAGGAGGGAGAGAUACCAAACCCUACUACUUCCACUGAUGUGUCUUCACGCGAUGAAGACCAUAUGGAUUCCUAUGAACUGAUUGAAUCAGUGCCAAGUCAAAAUGAAGGCAACUCAAGUUCAACAGUUCUGUUUCCUCAACAUGAAGAGCAUCUGGAUUCUGGGGAGGUGGAUCCAAAAAAGGAUCAUAGUUCAAGCAUCACAACUGCUGUGUCUUCACAUGAUGAAGAGCAUCUGGAUUCCUAUGAACUGAUUGAAUCAGUAUCAAGUCAAAAUGAAGGCAACUCAAGUUCAACAAGUCUGUUUCCUCAACAUGAAGAACAUCUGGAUUCUGGCGAUGCGGAGCCAAAAAAUUGUUCAAGCAUCAUCACAGAGCCAAGUUCUGCUGACAUUACUAGUUUGCAGAAUGGUAAGCAUUUAGACGAUCAUACCUCUCAUAAUCUUGAGGGAUUUCUUGAGCCUGAGAGCAUAAUAAAGGAAGAGUUAAUGGCAAACCAACCUAUAUCUCCACGAUCCAAGAUAGCUACUGAAGAAGAUUCGGAAGAGGUAUUGGCAAAUCAGCAUUCAGAUGAUCAUAACUCUCAUAAUCCCGAAGGAGUUCUUGUGCCGGAGAACAUAAUAAAGGAAGAUCUAUUGGUAAACCAACCGGUAUCUCCACGAGCCGAGAUAGCUACUGAAGAAGAUUCGGAAGAGUUAUUGGCAAAUCAGCUUUCAGAUGAUCAUACCUCUCAUAAUCCUGAAGGAGUUCUUGUGCCUGAGAAUAUAAUAAUGGAAGAGUUAUUGGCAAACCAACCGGUAUCUCCACGAGCAGAGAUAGCUACUGAAGAAGAUUCUGAAGAGUUAUUGGCAAAUCAGCAUUCAGAUGAUCAUACCUCUCAUAAUCCUGAAGAAGUUCUUGUGCCUGAGAACAUAAUAAAGGAAGUGUUAUUGGCAAACCAGCUGAUAUGUCCACCGGCAGAGGUAGCUACUGAAGAAGAAUCUGACUUUACGGUAAAAAAUGGAAACAAUGAGAAUCAGGAAUCAGAAAAUGGGUCACAAAUUGAUUGCUCGACUGUGCCUGAAAAUGAGAGCAACGGAUCCCUAAAUGAGCCUGCUUCUGAAGAAGAGAAGAUGGAGCUUCCUCAAUCGGGGAUUACAACCACAGAUAGCUCAAACAAAGAACAAGAUUCCGAAGUAAUCAAGCAGCAGAGAGAAGCUUCAGGAAUCGAAAAUGGCGGGGAUGAAACAGAAGGCGAAGAAGGGUGUGAGCCAGAGUCGCCACCGGAGCAAGAGAAGGCUCCAGCUGAGAGUGGAGAUUCUCCCCAAGACAGCAGCAGUACCUCCAGCUGGGAAUUCAACCCUGGAAAUGGCCCCGAAUUCUUAGCCGAUGUGGCUCCAACUUUCGUCGCCGAUCCACAAGAACCUGUUGUUCCUUUCCCAAUCCAGCUUCCGGCGAAGAACGGGGAGGCCGAUCAGCAAUUGGGAAGGCUGAGCACCGACUCUGGACCUGAUAACUUCAGCGUGAAUUCCAAGAUGCAGAAAUCACCGAGCUUCAACCUCCAUCUCCGGCGACGGAGCAUCACCGAGGACUAUUCCGAUCAGACUCCGCUGCUCCAGCACUACCAGGACAAGAACACGAUAAUCCCUCCCACCAAACAGACCCACACUGUGGAAUCGGUCAAACAUGAAGAAGCGGUGCAUGCGGAAGAGAAAUUGGUUCAAACCCUAGAGAGGUGUGAUUCUGAGACGUCGCUAAUCGUGGGGCGGAUGAAAGAGGGAGAUUGUAACGGAGGCCCUCGCAAAAACAGCAGAGCAUCUAAAGAGGAAUCGGCGGUAUUGGUGCCGUCGAAAGGGAAAGCGCAGAAGCAAUACAGCCGCCGCCGGCCGACCAUAUUUUGUUUGUGCUGCAGGGCAACCACCGCCAUUAAUUGAUGAUGAUGAGCAUCAAUACUUCCGUUGCCGGUCUCCAUUCACAAUUCUUUUCUUCUCCUUUUGUUUGUCUGAUUGUUUGGUUCAAUUGGGAUUUUUGUUCAAGCAAGGUUGUGGAGUUUUGUUUGGGAUAUUGUAUUUUCCCCGCGGAGUCAUCGGCGUUGAGAUCUUCUCCGGCCUAUCGGAGGAAAGUUUGGAGUUUGGAAAUGUAAUUUUUUUUGUUUGAUUAUUUGGACGGUAAAAUAUAUCAUACACGCUUUUAAAGUAAAAUAGAUCGGGUGUCACUUAAGUUUGAGAAUUAGGGUAGAGAUACCACUUAAGUUUGAAUAGGCGCUGGGUAUUAUUAUAGUUGUCAAAAUGUGCAUCCGUCUACUUUUCCAUCAAACCCUAACUUUUAAUUACGUUUUUAUACCCCAAAACUUUUAAAAACAUCCAAAACUAUAUUUCAAUAAUUUUAUCUAAUAUAAUAAUUAAAAAACCUUCUAAACAUAUUAUUACUAGAAUGACUAAUCAAAUUUUUUCAAUAAAAUAGAUAAAUUAGC